GCUGUGAAGGAGACAUGUGAGCCAUAAAUACCCGUCUGCUCCUUCUCAAAGGUCCUCAUUCUUGAGCACCUUGGUCGCCUUCAAAUUCCUCUCUCCCAAUCAGCACCUCCCACAUCAUCCAAUCAUCGCCAGAAUGCCUUUGACCGGCCACUGUCUGUGCAAGGCUGUCACUUACUCCGCCGACGUCGACCAGCCGGCUCUGGUGGCGUACGAUCACUGUGACGACUGCCAGCGUCAGAGCGGGUCAACCUACUCUCUGGUUGCCGUGGUUCCCAAGGACAAGUUGACCAUCAACGGACCUGUCAAGACCUGGUCCGGCAAGGGAUCCUCGGGCAAUGCGGUGCACCGUCUCUUCUGUUCGGAAUGUGGGUCGCCUAUCGCCCACGACCCGGAUGCUGCCCCGGAAAUCAUUGCUCUGAAGGCGGGUACUUUGGACACGGAGAUUAAGAAAACCCUGAAGCCUGACACCGAGAUCUGGACCGUCAGCAAGCUUCCUUUCUGCCAGGAGCACCUGGCCAAGCCUUUUGAGCAUAUGCCUCAGUAAGCAAUGCUAUGGAGUGUAUUAUGGGUAUGCUAUGAUAUGACGAUAAUAUGAGAUGUAGUUAAUGCGAACAAAUUGAAUAAUUUGAUCUGCUGUUA